UUUUGUAGCUUGUACUUGUAGGGAGAAGCCUAGGAAGCGGUUUCCUUGCUAGUUUUCAAUUUUAUUUCUAAUUUAUUUCUUUGAUUAUGUCGAUAUAAUUCCAAAUUAAAAUGGAUUUAAAUUCUCCAAUUUGUCGAGCAUGUCUUCUACCAGAUUCAACAGUAUAUUCCUUUCAACAAGUUGCCCUAUUUCGGAAGGAAUACACAUUUUUAGAAAUGUUCAAUGCAUGUACACAUUUGGAAGCCCUCGAAGAAGACGACCUACCUCAGUUCAUUUGUCAGUCCUGUUCCAAUGAUUUGCAAAAUGCUUUUGAUUUUCUACUUAGAGCAACUGCAUCUGAUCAAUUUCUCAAAACUCAACCUCAAAUGAAACAAGAAGCUGAGUUCUUUAUGUUGAGUGAUGAAAACCAUUUGGAAGAGGAAGACAAGUCAAUUGAAUUUGAAGAAAACACUGAAAUCGAGCAUCAAGAAGAAGAAGAAGAAAUCCAAAAUCAACACAAUGAAGAUGUACAAGAGACAUUUGUUGAAGCAGUCAAAUCUGAGUUUGUUAAUUCAGAAAGUAUCAACCAUAAACAUGGAUUUGAUACGCAAUUUGAACAAUUUGUAGAGGAAGAACUUGCAUCAGAAAACAUUUAUAUUGAAUCUAAUGAGAUUUCCAAUCACGAGAGUGAUGCUGAGGUAAACAUAUCUGAACAUGAUGAAGAAAUGGAAGAAACUUUGUUAAAGCAUGAUGUCCCACAAGCGAAUUCAAUGCGGAAGGCUUUUAGGGAAUCCAAGAAUUCUACUGCCAAAUCAAACCAAUCUGUUGAAUGUCAUAAUUGUGGAAAGAUUUUAAAAGAAAUGUCAGUUAGACAUCAUUUAAAAAGAUGUCUAAAAGAAGAGAAAGUCCAUCUCUGCAGUUCAUGUCCCAAAUCCUUUGCUGUCCUUGCUGAUUUAAAGAAUCACAUGCGAAGACACGACACCGAACGAGAAAGAAAAUAUGUGUGUACAGAAUGCGGACGGGGAUUUUUCGAAAAACAAGCACUUCAAGUUCACAUGACUCGACAUAUGGGCGUGAAGGAAUACCAUUGUAAAAUAUGUCCAAAAAAAUUUACAACCAAAAAGAGUCUAGAUGUUCAUGAAUUUACUCACAACAGAGAUUUGGGAAGGUUUACUUGUAAAUACUGCUCUAAACGGUUCACAUCCAAAGCUGACCUUGUAGUGCAUGAACGUUUCCAUACUGGCGAUUAUCCAUUCCAGUGUGAGUUUUGCGAUAAAAGUUAUGCCGUGAAAUCUCACUUAAAUUAUCAUUUGGCAAAGCAUAAAGGUAUUACAUACAAAUGUGAUCAAUGUGAUAAAGAGUUUAUAAAUCGUGGCAGUUUAACUGCUCACAAAUUCAAACACAGUGAUAGAAUGCCACAUGAAUGUUCGAUAUGUAAAAAAGGAUUUACAUCACCUUUUAAAAAUAAAAUGUUCGACUCACUUCCUAUAUGUCGAGUAUGUUUAAAAACAUCACUUGAAUAUAUUGAUUUCGAUACACCUUUUGAGUUGGACGCCAGCAUCAAAGCAGUUGUAGACAACGGGCUCACUUAUCUCGAUUGUUUUCAAGCUUGCACUCGUAUUGAAAUCGAAUUCGAUGAGAAUUAUCCACAAAGUUUAUGUAGCUCAUGUGGUCUGGAAUUGAAGAUUGCUUUUGAAUUUCUUCAAAAAGCCGAAUCGGCGGAUAAGACACUGCGUGAAUUAUCUGCAAAUACCAAAGUUGAAAAAUUUGAUGAUGAUGAAAUUAAAUGUUUUCUUCAACCUGAAAUGCUGCAGCAUAAUGAUGAAGAAAGUUCAAGUAGAACGGACAAACAUGAAGAAAGUCAUUUGGAUGAUGAAAAAACAUAUGUGUGCACAGUAUGUGGGGAGCAAUUUUUCUCACAAAUGGUUCUGAACUUACACGUUAAUCGUUUACACACGAACAAUACAUCCGAAGAACAUAAUAGCACCGUUGUAGAAAAAGUUGAAUGCCAGAUUUGUGAUGUUAUUUUAUCUGUACACAACUUGGAAGCUCAUAUGCAAAUGCACGAAGAGGAAUCUAAUUUUGAAGAAAAUAAUGAAGACAAAACAGUUUAUGAGGAAGUGGUUGUAGAUGAGCCCGAUGAAGUGGAAUUCGAAAUGCUUGAUAUGACAAAUGUUUCGGUAGAAGAAGAAGAUGUGCGAAAUAUAAGUGAUUCACAAGAUGCUGCUUCUGCUUCUGAAAACUAUGAAGCAGUUGAUGAUGAUGAAGAGGAAAUACUUUCACAAGUUAAAAAUGAAACAACACGUUCCGAUGCUGAUGGUGAUGCUGAAAAUGAAGAAGAAGGCGGUGAGGCUGACGCCGAUGUAGAUGAGGAUGAGGAUGAUGCAAAAUUCAAUGUAAUAGCUAAAAUGAUAACGGAACAAGAAAAACAAAAACAUCGAUCUAAAAAGGGUAAAUACCAACAAUGUGAGAUUUGUUCGAAGAAUGUACGAACAUCUUCAUUUACCGCACACAUGAAUGUACAUAAUGGAGUUAAACAAUUCCCUUGCGAAUACUGUUUUCAGUCUUACUUUUCUAAUCGUUCAUUACAAAAGCAUGUAAAGGCUAACCAUGCAGACAGUUUGAACUCUUGUUGUAAAAUAUGUAAUGAAACUGUUGAAGGUCACGAUAUGAAAGCUCAUAUUGAAGAAAAACAUUCGCAUGUAGUGAAAUGCACGGAGUGUGAUCAUUCAUGUGCCGAGUCUAAAAUGAAAGACCACGUAAAACGGAAACAUACAGAAUCCAAAGACUUUCUAUGCAAUGUUUGUUCCAAAACAUUUAGUACGCUUGGCGUACUCAAUGGCCAUUUAAAAUAUCACGACAAGCAAUUUACCAGCAGUAUAAAAUCGGAUGCAUGUCAUAUAUGUGGCAAAGUAUUCUCCUCGAAUCACUAUAUGAAAAAACACUUAAUUACACAUCAAGAGAAUCGUAAUUUAUUGAAAUGUGAUUACUGUGAUAAAACCUAUCACACAAAACAUUCCCUAUUCAAUCAUAUGCGCAUUCAUACGGGCGACACAAUUAAAUGCGUCAUGUGUGACAAAGAAUUUGGCCGUCAAUACGAAUUAAAUGUUCACAUGCGUUUUCACACAAAAGAAUAUCCAUUCGAAUGUGAAAUGUGUCAUAAAAAAUUCGCCAUUAAAGGUCAUUUGAGAACACACAUGUGGCGUCAUCAGGGUCUUAAGUUGCAGUGUGAGGAAUGUGGAAAGCUUUUUACAUCCACUAAAGCGCUGGCAGAACAUUCUUUCUAUCAUUCUGAGAUGCCUUAUCAAUGUCCGUAUUGCCCAAAAGCAUAUCCUUCGAAACCGAAAUUCAAAGUUCAUUUGAAAACUGCUCACAUGGUGGAAUUCUCGAAUGAGGAAUUACAAAGAAUGGUCAAAUUUCCAAUACCAAAAAGACCUAGAAACAGGAAGUUUACAUUAGUUCAAGCUGAUACUGUCAUUAAAGAAGUUGAAGUUCAUACAAAAUUUGAAAUUGAUUAGGGUAUGCCUUUACUAAUAAAGAAUAAAAAAAAAAAACAAUACAAAUUAGCAUAAUAAGAAUUUAAGUGUAAAAACUGUAAAUAAAAUUUAAGCUGUUGCUUAUUUUAUUUAAUUUAAAUAAAUAUUAAAUUAACAGCAAAAAAUGUGUUAACUA